AGACCACGAGUAGAUUGCAAUACACUCGACCUCCCACCGCUCGCAGUCGCGGUGACCGUCAGGGAAGGAAGCAUGGCGUUGUCCAAAACGGCAGGACCCGUUCCGGUGGCCUCCAUCCCUUCUCAACCGGCAAAGCUACGAUGGGGCGAGCUUGAUGAGGACGAUGGUGAGGAUCUUGACUUUUUACUGCCGCCGCGACAGGUCAUAGGUCCUGACGAGAACGGGAUAAAGAAGGUCAUUGAGUACAAAUUCAAUGAAGACGGCAAUAAGGUCAAGAUCACAACCACCACCCGGACUCGAAAGCUUGCUAAUGCUCGCCUCAGCAAACGAGCCAUCGAGAGGCGAUCCUGGGCUAAGUUUGGCGAUGCUGUUCAUGAGGAUGUUGGUAGCAGGCUCACUAUGGUAUCCACAGAAGAGAUCCUGCUCGAACGACCUAGGGCCCCUGGUAGCAAACCAGAAGAACCAAAGGUUGCCGGAGACCCGUUAGCACAAUUCCAGAAAGGUGCUGUUCUCAUGGUCUGUAGGACUUGUGGGAAGAAGGGUGACCACUGGACUUCAAGGUGUCCUUACAAAGAUCUUGCCCCACCAGUCGAGGGAUUUGUUGAUAAGCCUGCAGCUUCUGAAGCUGCAACUGCUGCUUCUGGUCCAGCUAAGGGAGCAUAUGUUCCUCCUGGCCUGAGAGCUGGUGCGGAAAGAACUGGAUCAGACAUGCGCCGUCGGAAUGAUGAAAAUUCUGUACGUGUCACCAAUCUCUCAGAAGACACGAGAGAACCUGAUUUACUCGAACUGUUCCGUCCUUUUGGUGCUGUAAGCAGGGUCUAUGUUGCUAUUGAUCAAAAGACCGGCAUGAGCAGAGGAUUUGGCUUUGUUAACUUUGUUAACAGGGAAGAUGCACAGAGAGCUAUUAACAAGCUCAAUGGAUAUGGGUACGACAAUCUCAUCCUCAGAGUUGAAUGGGCCACCCCAAGGACAAACUAAAUUGUGUUAUUGCCCCUGUUUUGAGACAAUAUUGUGAAUGUCAAUCUAGUUUUGCAACCAACACGAUGUAUUUUCUGCAUCGUGUUGAGAUUUUUCUUUUCAUUUUUUCAGAAGACGACGUGCACAUUUUUUGCCUUGUUAAUCACUGGUAUGAGAGUGGUGCCCCCACCCCCCCUUUUUUUUC